CAAGGUAUGCUCUAAUUCGAUUGUUUAGAGCCCAGACUGCGUACAAACAGAACCCAAAAAUUAAAGCAUUCAACACUUCGUUACGGAGUGUGGUUUUGAAUCUUUUGAUAAAUUUAUUUUCGUACGCGCCAAUUGUCCUUACGGAGUUUUGUUUUGAAUUCUUUUGAUAAAUUUAUUUUCGUACGCGCCAUUUGUGGUCUAAAAAUAGUGCGAAAAUGAUUCCCUCGUUGCAGCUCUCAAAUUGCAGAGUCCUGUUACCUUGUCCCAUCAAGCUCAAACAGCAUGGUGAAUCAGCUCUUUUCAUCAGUUCUAGGGCUUCCAAGCCCGCUUUUAUGGGGGCAUUUUCUUCAGAGAACGGGGUGCAUUCCCACUUGCCAGUGAAUGGAAAUGACCUGGCCACUGAGACCUCAAAUUCUCUUGAUCCUUCGGUUGCCUGUGAAGAUUCAAAACAAGCUAAUGAAACACGGUCAACACAAUCAAAUUCGUCGAAGGAGUUGAUGGAGCGGCUUAAGAAUUAUGGAGUUUCUGGGGUGCUCUCCUAUGGAUUACUGAAUACAGCAUAUUAUCUCACAACGUUUAUAUUGGUUUGGUUCUAUGUUGCUCCGGCUCCUGGAAAAAUGGGUUAUGCUGCUGCUGUUGAAAGGUUCCUGAAACUAAUGGCAAUGGUGUGGGCAGGGAGCCAAGUUACAAAGAUUGCUAGAGCUGGAGGGGCAUUGGUUCUUGCACCUUUUGUAGAUAGAGGUUUGUCAUGGUUCACUAAGAAAUUCAGGUUCUCCUCAAGGGGAAAGGCAUUUGCAGCCAUUGCUGGGAUCUGUUUCGGGUUGGCUCUUUUGUUGUUCAUUGUGUGUUUCAGCAUUGGGAAUCAGUGGGUACAGGCCAAAUUUCUGGUCGGAACAGUCGUUUUAACCAUUUUGCUUGUAUUUUUGAACAAUGUUUCAACAUUGGGAAUCGGUGUGUAUGGGAGCUAUUUCUAGUGGGAACAGGGAAUCAGUUGGAUUC